AUGUCGGAUCCUAUCUUGCCCAAAGAGGGCGAGCGCAAUAUCCUGAUUACCAGCGCGUUGCCAUACGUGAACAAUGUUCCUCACCUGGGUAAUGUCGUGGGCUCCGUGUUGAGUGCCGACGUCUUCUCCAGAUACCACAAGGCUUGUGGUCGCCCGACGUUGUAUAUUUGCGGAACCGAUGAAUAUGGAACAGCCACAGAGACUAAGGCGCUGGAAGAGAAGCUGUCGCCGGAGGACCUUUGCGCCAAGUACAACAAGAUUCACCAGGAAGUGUAUGAAUGGUUCAACAUUGGCUUCGACCACUUCGGUCGCACACCUACCCAGAAGCACACCGAGAUCUCGCAGUCAAUCUUCAAGCGCCUGUACGAGAACGGAUAUCUUGGUGAAAAGACCGCCGAGCAGCCUUUCUGCGAGAAGCACGGCUCCUUCUUGGCUGAUCGUUACGUCGAAGGCGAGUGCCCCCGAUGCCACUACGAUGACGCCCGUGGAGAUCAGUGUGAUAAGUGUGGUCACCUUCUGGACCCCUUUGAUUUGAUCAACCCUCGCUGCAAGCUCGAUGGUGCCGCGCCAAUCCGUCGCGAGACCAAGCACAUCCACCUUCUGCUCGACAAGCUCCAGCCUCAAUUGGAGAAGUGGGUUCACCCCGCUAUCGAAAAGGGAGACUGGCCUAAGAACUCCCGCGUCAUCACUGAGUCCUGGCUUAAGGAGGGCUUGAAGGGUCGUGGUAUCACUCGUGACCUUAAGUGGGGUGUCCCUGUCCCAUUGGAAGGAUUCGAGAACAAGGUUCUUUACGUCUGGUUUGACGCUUGUAUUGGUUACCCCUCCAUCACAGCGAACUACACCGACGACUGGGAGAAGUGGUGGCGCAACCCGGAAGAUGUCCAGCUUUGGCAGUUCAUGGGCAAAGACAAUGUUCCAUUCCACAGUGUCAUCUUCCCCUCCACCCAGAUCGGAACCCAGGACAAGUGGACUAUGCUGCACCAUCUGAGCACCACCGAGUACCUCAACUACGAAGGCGGCAAGUUCAGCAAGUCGCGUGGAGUCGGCGUCUUCGGCACCAACGCUAAGGAGACCGGCGUCUCGGCUGACGUUUGGCGUUAUUACCUGCUGAAAAACCGCCCCGAGACCAGCGAUACGCAGUUCGAGUGGCAACCCUUUGUUGAUGCUAACAACAGCGAGCUGCUCGCCAAGUACGGUAACCUCGUCAACCGAGUCAUCAAGCUCGUCACUGCCUCUUACGGAUCUGUCAUCCCCGAGUUCUCCGUUCCCGAGUCCUUCAAUCCCUUCUUGGAAGAGGUCACUGGCCACUUGCGCCAGUACAAUGAAGAGAUGGAAGGUGCUCACCUGCGCGCCGGUGUUACCACUGCUAUGCGUAUCGCCGAAGCCGGAAACGGACUCAUCCAAGCAAACCGCCUGGACAAUAAGCUCAUUGCUGAGGAGCCCGAGCGUGCUGCUGCCGUUGUCGGUACUGUGCUGAACUUGAUCCACCUGCUCUCUGCGGUCUUCACUCCCUACAUGCCCGCAAGCUCCAAGUCCAUUCUGGAGCAGCUCAACGCUCCCCUCCUGUACAUUCCUCACGGCGAUGAGCUCAAGGAUGGCUGGAAGCCCACUUCGCUUAAGGCCGGUCACAAGAUCGGCAAGGCCGCCUACCUCUUCACUCGCAUUGACCCCAAGAAGGCCGAUGAGUGGCGUGAGUUGUUCGGUGGCUCUCAGGCCGAUCGCAAGAAGAAGGAAGAGGAGGCUGCUAAGCUUGCCGCCAAGAAGGCUGCUGCCAAGGCUAAGAAGAAGGAGAAGAAGGAGAAGGGCCGUGCUGGUGCUGGUGCGGACGCCGGUGGUGUUGAGGGCUCCGCUAAGGGUGGCGCAGAGAAGCUCUCUGCUACCACCGAGGGCAAGGGCGAUGAGGCCGUUGAGAAGAUUGCCGACGGUGUCGCACAAGUUACGCUGCCUACUUCUUAG